GGAGCAGCGGCAGUCGACAAGUGCAGGGCGUUCUCCGGCUGUACAAAAGCCUCCCAUGUGUGGGCCAGAGCUCAGAGCAGCGCAGGGAUGUGCAGGUGUGCAUUCACAUAGCAAGGUGAGCUGCGAAUAUCUUGCCAGCGAGAUCAUUUCUUGCACAACUCUCUGGUCCUGUGCAGCCUGGCAGACCUUUUGCUUUUCCUUUCACUGCUUGUUUCCAAACAUGCCUCCAGAGCAGAGCAUCUGAGGAGCUGUUUCCCCACGUACUGUUUCCUCACGUGCUUCUGAAAGCAGCUCUCUCCAAGAAGAGGUGGUGACUGGCAGCGUGGUGGGAAUAAUGGCAAUGAGGACAUGGAUUGAGCCAGUGGUUGCGGGUUCCCAAGUGGCCAGUGCCUUCUACGACACAGCACUGUUGCUGGUAGUGAAGAACUACUACAACCAGACCAACAGCACUGCUCCCUCCCACGUCCUGGAAGAUGCUCAGCAGAAGGCUGUAUCUAACUUUUAUAUCAUCUACAACCUAGUUCUGGGCCUGAGCCCACUGGUGUCAGCCUAUGGCUUGUCCAAGCUGGGGGAUAGGAUACAUAGGAAGAUCCCCAUCUGCUUCCCUCUUCUUGGUUAUUUGGGCUCCAAGACUCUCCUGCUCCUCCUGAUCCUGCUGGGCUGGCCAGUGGAGGUGAUGUAUGGGGCUGCUGCCUUCAAUGGCCUGACAGGAGGCUUCACCACACUUUGGGCAGGCAUCAUGGCUCUGGGAUCCUUGGGGUCCUCUGAAAGCAAGAGGUCUCUGCGGCUCAUCAUUAUUGAACUGGUGUACGGCCUGGCUGGCUUUUUGGGAAGCAUGGCAUCUGGCUACCUCUUUGUUGGCUUCAAUGACCGCUAUCGAGAAGGGACCGUGCUGGUGUGCUGCAGCAUUGCUUGCUAUGCCUUCUGUCUCCUCUACACCAUUUUUGUCCUCACAGUCCCCAAGCCAGCAGCUUCCUGCCCAGCCAAAGCCAAGAGUGCAGGGCAGGUGGGUGGUCAGCCAGCAGAAGCAGCAAUAGCAGGCAGUUCCCAACCUUCAGAGGGCAGCAUCUCCACUCCAGUAUCACCCUCGAAACUCAUCAUCAUCCUGCUGUUUGUGGCAGCAAUCCUCUAUGACCUUGCUGUGGUUGGUGCCAUGAAUGUACUCCCACUGUUCUUGCUCAGGGAACCAUUAAGUUGGAAUGCCGUGGAGAUCGGCCACGGCAAUGCUGCUGGGUAUGUGAUCUUCAUUACCAGUUUCCUAGGGGUACUCGUGUUCUCCAGAUACCUGAGGGAUAUUACCAUGAUCAUGAUUGGAGUAGCAUCGUUCAGCGCUGGCAUUCUCAUCAUGGCCUUUGUGCGGUGGACAUUCCUGUUCUACAUUGCACGGGCAGUGAUGCUCUUUGCCCUCAUCCCCUUACCAACCAUCAGGUCCAUGUUGUCCAAGCAUGUUGAGGGAUCAUCCUACGGUAAGGUGUUUGUCCUGCUGCAGCUGUCUUUAGUCACCACGGGAGUAGUGACAUCUACAGUCUACAACAAAAUCUACCAAAACACACUGGACUGGUACAGCGGCUUCUGCUUCAUUUUGUCUUUUCUAGUUGGCUGCCUGAGUCUCAUCCCUUUAAGCUUUGUGGCCAUCAAACAACAGUCAACCACUGGCUCCCUUGAGAUUCUGACUGAGUAACAGAGGCAUCUUCUCAUUGUUAUCAUUAGUCCCUACAGUUACCAACACAACAGGACACAUAGCAUUUGUUUUUCCAUUUCACAGCAUGCCACAACCUCUUGGCCACUAAGCUUACCCAGGAAGAGAUGUUUGCCUUGUUAUUUCUGCAGCACGCACCCCAUCCUGCAGUGAAUGUACACUGCCUAUUGCACACCAGCAGUCCUUAGAGCAUUCUGCUAGGCUGGUUAGCAAUACCAAAGAGGGACAAGAAUAUAGGCUAUAAAUGAAAAUGGCAUUUCUAGACACAUCAUUCAGGGUGGAAGUGUAAAGCAGAGGAUCAGUUUUCCAUUAGUUCCUUCUUGUCUGUUAAUUCAUAAAUCUCAGGGCAGCUGUGUGACUUUGGCUGAGGAAACAGGGCUGCAAGCCACAUGCCAUGUGCACAGGGCCAUCAGCAGGAUACACCAGCUCUCCACCUCCUGUAGAUGUUAUCAGCCCAGACAAUUAAUGUUACAUACAAGACCAUUAAAUAGAGAAAUACCACAGUAAAAAUAUGUAAGAUUAACAGAAUUUUAGUAAUCCUUACAAUAAAACACCCCCAAACAGAUGUUCAUGACCCUGAUUUCCGGGAGAUUGUCCCACUGUCCCUGGACAGUCCUUCAACAGAGCUCAUGCAAGGACUAAGAGCUAAUGCUGGUGCUUCAGCUCACACCACCAAGAUGUGCUACUCCUGUAACAGGUUACAAACAGGUAAGUUCAGCACACAGCUCCUACAGGAUUUAUGGAGGUAUAGGGACACUGAUACCAUGUAAUAGGCACCACGCUGCCUCAGCUUUAAUCUGGGUUGGAAGGGAAUCUCAUACAACACAGCAAGUAGUGAGAUGAUGUCACAUUAAUCCAAACAUGAGUUAAAAGUCUGGCAUGUCUCACAUGGAUGUGUCUGCUUAAAUGCUAAUUGAACUAAGAAGGAUUAAGCGGCUUCCAAGGUCCUGGACUAAGUAAUGGGAAGUUAAAAGCCCUUAAAUAACUGAAAUAAUCUGGAGGUAAAUCAGGCAGCUUCAGUUUGAGCCAGAGGUAUAGCAAGCAGUUGUUUCAUCAUUACACAGUCCCUUGCUCUUAGGAAGUUGCUACCACCCUGUCGUUUCCCUGCCCCCCCUGCCCAAUCUUUCCUCAGCUCCUUCACUCUCAGUACCAGAAGUAAUGCAGAAACAGGUCAGAUAAUUUCUAGCUAGAUCAACUGGGGAAGAAGAUUUUAGGGGAAGAUAUUUCUACAGUAAAAUAGUAAGCUGCUUAGCAAAAUAAGCACACACAUAAUUUCACCAGUGAAGACUGCAAAAAAAAGAAACUUUAUUCUAAGUAAAGGAGUAAUCUUUUAUACAUUUAUUGGUCCAUUCCAUUAAAUUAAUUGAGGUAAACAAAUGGUGCAUUUAAAAAAAAUUUACACACUAAUAGAGAAUUACAAACAGUUUUACCUCAAAGCAUUUUUCUCCAUCAAUACUAGCUCCAUAGUAAACAAUGCACAAAGUAUAUUUAAUGAGAUAUAUGAAAGGGUAUAGAAACAUGCCAGCACCAGAAGGCAAGACAACAUUUCCUAGCCUGCGAGUCAGAACAAGAGCAUAGAUGCCAGAUUUGACUAAGUACAGGAAGCAAAAGCUUCCUUCCCAGUUUUACAUCAUUUACUAGCUAAUUCACACAGAGGUGUCUUUUCACAGCUUUCAUUUUAUAUUUUAAUGGUAUAAACAGUGACUCUAGUUCUGGUGAGUGGUUUAUAGAAUGAAAGCAGAAGAGUCUGGACAAGGAACCAGCACCGUUUUGGUCCCCAUCACUGACACCUUCAACACAAGUGUGUGAAGCUCACAGACAGCUUGACUUCAUCUGCAUGGCCAAACUCUCCAGACGUUAUGGAUGGAAAGUGGGAUGCAGGCACAGAAAAGCGAGAACAAGGAUGGUGCUUCUUUAUUUUAGACAAAAGCCCUUUGGCUCUUAUUGUAAGACUGGCCCUCAGCAAUCUGUGCAGUGGGAAUGUUGCACUGGCCACAAUGGUACAGCUUAAUCUGAAGGUAUGGAUACAUAUCCCAGCACCAGGGUUAAGGAAAUGGUUUAACUUCAAAGCACAGAAUACCAAGACCUUCAAAGUAGUCUAGGACAGUGACUAGUCUGUAUUGUUUUAGCAUGCCAUUUACGUAACGGUGAUCUACUUAUACCUCUUUGGAAAGUUCAUUAUUUUCUGCAGAUUUACUGUGCUUUAGGCAUGCAACCUUAAAACUUGUCCAGUUAAUUACUAAGUAUUUCUACAGGUCAGAUACUUCAGCAAGAUUUUCAAGGGCUAAGCACAGAAUUAAGCACUGCCAUUUUAGUUUGUAAAUUGGUUCAACAGCACUCUCAGAAAGCUUUAAAUGCCACAUUCAGUCUGCCAGAAGGCAAGUUUAUUCCUGUGAUCCCCAGUUUUACUUCAAAAGAGGGAAACAAAAAUAAUACAACAAGAAAUAGCAACUUGCCUGUCUUAAAAAAAAAAGUCCUCAUUUUAACCACAUUUGCUUAAUGUAGCCAAGGAAAAAAUGUUCUACCUUCAGAAUUUAAGAUGGCAGAACAUCUAAUGAGCUAAUUUAGUCUAUACAAUUUUGUUCAGUGGUUAUUAGGACAAGGAUUUUCAACAAUCAGCAACAAUAAUCAUAAGAAUAUCCAGUUAAAUUGUGCCUGUUUUAACAAAAGCAUGGCUCCUGUUAAAAUAACGAAUAGUCCCUGCUGAUCUGGGAAAGAACUCCUUGGUACCCCUGAAUCUGCAGGACUGACACCUGAAGCAAUAUGUGUCAUGAACAGGCUAUGCAGAGCCACUGCUUCAAGGCUACCGCACAGUACCUCCAGAGAACUGCUUUGUUCUCUGCCAUUCCUGCUUUGUUUCUAUCAGUUAUUCCACUAUUUUAUCCUUAGCACAAGUUCUAGUGCAGCAAAAAUCCAAGUAGAUUUCAGUGAAGAGUCAUACUUUAUUCUUUAAUACAACUCACACCAAAACUGUUUGUGUCUUCAGGGCUUACCUUAUCAUUUUUCAAUGUAUACCUGAAAAAGCCACAAUGUUUUAAUAUCUAUGUUUAUUGCAAGAUUUAGAACCUGAUAAGGUAUACAUGAACAAUGCAUGGUCCUUUACUGAACAUAGAAACAAGAUCUUGUGCUGGUGCUACUUAAGAGAAGAAACAAACACCACAGAAACUAUACAGAAGUAACUAUGCAGCAGUGAAUUAUGCAUCUGCUGAGAGGGCCUUGCCCUGGCUAUGCAUUAUGAGGAAAACUGGGCUGAUUUAAGGACUGCUGAAAGAACCACAUGUUAAACAGGCUUAUAAAAAGGUUGCUGACUACUUUUGGUGUCAUUUUGGUGCACAUGCAGAGAGUCAUCUUAAGUGACAUAACACUCAACAAGUUAUUCAAAGAUGAUGCUCCUGCACCUCUCCUGGUUCCAAUUUACCAGUAUCUUCUAUUUCUCUCACGGAAGUGUGGACCAUCCAAAGUAAAGACUUCUAUAAGGAUUACAGGAUAACAUGUUAAGAAUUUCACUCUCAUUUCAGGACUCAAUCUCCCUCUAACACCAGUUAUGUGAUACAAGUGUCACUCUGCACAUCUUUCAGGAAUUUCCUGCAACUUUUGUAGUUUUCCUGACUGGCAUGGCUGCCCCAAAUAUCACAGUCAGGAUCCUCCCCACACCUCACACGCAGCCUCUCCCUCAACUACCUUGUGAUUUACAACAUAAAAACAGACCACUCCACAGCCUGCAGGAACUGAAACCCACCUACGCACACUGCAGCAAUUCUGGCAGAAGACUUCUCCUUUGAAUAUCACAUUUUACUUCCCUUGUAAGAGCUUAAGAUGUUUUGGUCCAGAUCACAUAUGUUAUCCUGAUCUUCAGCAGCUCCAGCCUCAACAGUUACAUGUUGAUUUGAACUUCACUUGGUACUCUCCACUGUCCAUUAUGCUUCUCAUGAACAGCUGUGAUGUUAACUGCUGAAUUCCCCAGAAGCACCACCCACUUCAGUUUGACAUAAAGCAAAGCAGGAAGAGUCCCUUAGUGUUGUAAUGCAUCAGAUGAAACCACCUGUAGGAAAAAAACACCAUUCUUUCUACUCAUCUUAUGCUGUUUAUUUUAAUAAGAUGGUGGGAAGACUGACUAAAUAUUAGUUCAAAACAUAUUUUGCUUCAGUCCCAGUGAUGUUGUAGAGUCAACUAAAAAAUUCCAUUUACUCUACGUGAACUAAAUCAAAAAGUAUGUUGGUCUUUCUUUGUGGAAAACGGGGAAGACAGAAAGACAGACUGUUAGAUAGUAUGCAAGUGCUUAUUCUAGAUUGCUGCAAGAUGAUCCCCUUAAGUACUUCCCCUGAACAAGAGGAGUUUGUGAUUCUGAACCUAACAGUAACUUAAACCAGAGUUCUCACUUACACCAAAAGCUGCAUAUUGACAAACUGACCUUAAAACAAGAAACAUAGUUCAUUUAGUACCACAGAGCUGUCAAUGAAGGCUGAGCCGAAAAGAAAAAUUUCUUAAAAUGUCUUAUACUUUUUCAUGCAGAGAGCACCCUCUCAUUAGGCUGACAGCUACCACAGUGCUGCAAUAACUCAUCUUGAGAGUUCCAUAAAGCCACCAGGCUGAGAAGGCUGGCUGCAUGUUCAGUUGGUGUUUAUGAAGGAAUAAAUUCUAAAUCAGACUAGCGCGCCUGGUAGGUUGUUACAGGAGAACAGAGAAGUUGCACAAAAUCAAUCACUGUUCACAUUCUUUGCAAGAAUGUUGCCAGAGAACAAGUAAUCACUCAAAUUUAGCAGUAAGCGGAGUUAUUUAUUGCCCUAAAUCCCAGUAUUACACUCAUGAGCCCCAAUCCCCCCCUCACUAGGGAUGGUUAAACACAUCAGCAUUCCUGAGGCCAUUAAUACCAAGUAGGCAUUUACUUCAGGUUGGACUGCAAGAGCAAGGACAAAAAAGAGACUUGCAGAAGCAGCUGCAAUUCUAAAGGCCAACCAAAACUACUCAGAAAAUAGAUCUGUAACAAAAGCAAUCCUAAAAGACUUGCCAUGUGGUUCAGCAGAGACAGGUAUGAAGUCUAUGUGUACCUAAUAGGGUACCCAUCUAUCCCCCACCAACCCAUUUAAGGCAAGUUUCACACACUCUUGCCCUGCUUGGUGGAAGGAAUCAUUUGACACCCUUUGGCUUCUCCAAAGAAAGCAUGGGGAGAGAAAGCAGAGUUCUACUUUUACUACAGCAGGCAUCUUCAGGUGCCUAAAGUGGCUCUAGUAAAACCCAUAUAUAAAGUAUGGUGUAAGAGAUCUCCACCACACACCUUCCAGAGCUAACUGUGGAAAAAUUAAAAAUUCAUGCUUCUUCCCCCACUCCCACAACCUUCAAAAAGCUGCAGUCCAACUCAUUCCCACAGCUAGGCUGGUUUUGAUCCCCAAGUCAGUCACAAGAACACUUCAGUCAACUGACAUUACUUCAUAAUCACCAAGGUAAACAAAGAUACUCAGUAUGAACCAACAGCAUGCCACACUUACAAAAACCACAAUUCAUGCUUGCAUCACCAGCUAUCUGCAGCUGGUAUUGGUAUGGUCUGCCUAGAAACAGCCCAACUCCCGGACAGAAAAGUCUACAGAGACCAUUUCUUCCAGAGGGAGCACACGGGU